AUGGCCUUCGAAACGAAUUACCCGAUACCCUACCGAAGCAAACUGACCGAGCCGUUCGAGCCCGGCCAGACCCUUAUCGUUAAGGGAAAAACCGGCGAAGACUCCGUACGCUUCACCAUCAACCUACACAACGCCGCUGCCGACUUCUCCGGAAACGAUGUUCCCCUUCAUAUCAGCGUGCGUUUCGAUGAAGGAAAGAUCGUCUGCAACACAUUCGCUAAGGGAGAAUGGGGAAAGGAAGAGAGAAAAAGCAACCCAUACAAGAAAGGAGACGACAUCGACAUCCGCAUCCGAGCUCACGAUAGCAAAUUCCAGAUCUUUGUUGAACAGAAGGAGCUGAAAGAGUAUGAGCACCGUCUGCCGCUCUCCGCCAUCACGCACUUCUCAAUCGAUGGAGAUGUUCUUAUCACCCAUAUCCACUGGGGAGGAAAAUACUACCCCGUACCCUACGAAAGUGGUCUAGCCGGUGAGGGUCUAUCGCCUGGCAAGAGCCUUUUGCUCUACGGAAUGCCAGAGAAGAAGGGAAAGCGAUUCCAUAUCAAUAUUCUUAAGAAGAACGGCGACAUCGCUCUUCACUUCAACCCUAGAUUCGAUGAGAAAGCCGUUGUUCGCAACUCCCUGAUCAGCAACGAAUGGGGAAAUGAGGAGCGCGAGGGUAAAAUGCCGUUCGAGAAGGCCGUCGGCUUCGAUCUUGAAAUCAAAAAUGAGGAGUAUGCCUUCCAGAUUAUGGUAAAUGGAGAGCGAUUCACAUCGUUCGCUCAUCGACUGGAGCCGCACGAGCUGAACGGGCUACAAAUUGGCGGCGAUGUGGAGAUUACCGGAAUUCAAAUGCACUAA